GUGAGUGGCAUUAAGGGCGGGUUCGGCCGGGGCUGGGGGAGAAAUGAAGUUGUGCUAAAAGGCUUUUAGCCGGAAAAGAAGUUAUUAGGGCAUUUCUCAGUCGCAAUUAGGGGCUUCUUCAUUAAGCCCACCCCCCACCCAGUAUGUGAGAGGGAGAGUCGGGCAGCCGAUAAAGGGGAGGGAGGCGGCAGCGCCCGGCUGCCCGCAGGCGUGGGGAACCGCGACGGGCACCGACCGCACCCCCGCUAUUAAUGAGCCAAUUAAAGAGGGGUCCGCAGCCCGGCACGGCUCGCUGCGGGCUGCCCUGCGCGGGGACACCAGAGGCUCCUACGAAGCAGCCCGCGGAGGCCCCGUUCCGCCGGUGGAUCGCGGGAGGACCGGGAUUACCAUGACCCGCUUCGAGGAGAGGCACUGUCCGCGAUGAGCAGGAGCAGAGGCCCGAAACACCUCGUUUGGCUGCGGCGUCGUGCCACGGGCUCGUAGCUUUGUUGUUUGUUGUUGUUGUUUUUUGUUUUUUUUUUCCUGCAGUUGCUUGAAGUCUCUGAGCUGCAUUGGAUAAAUGCCUUUCCUCCCCCCCGAGUGACUUUUCAGAGUAUAUUCGUUCUUUUGAAGAACGUCGCUCUGCUCUUCGGCACUUUGCUCCGUUACACCGAACGGUUUCUCUGAGAGGCGGCCGUUCUCUCUCCCGAUGCUCCGGGACAUGAACCGCAACUCUCCCACCUUUGGAUGAAGCUCCGCAGCUUAAAUUGUAGAAAGGAAGGGGGAAAAAAACACGAUGAAAGAAAAGUCCAAAAAUGCUGCCCGGACUAGACGGGAGAAAGAAAACAGCGAAUUUUAUGAACUGGCUAAAUUACUGCCCCUGCCCUCGGCCAUCACCUCCCAGCUGGACAAAGCAUCCAUAAUCAGGCUCACCACCAGCUACCUCAAGAUGCGGGUGGUUUUCCCGGAAGGACUGGGAGAAGCUUGGGGCCACUCCAGCCGCACCAGCCCGCUGGAUAAUGUAGGACGGGAGCUGGGAUCGCAUCUUUUGCAGACGCUGGACGGUUUUAUAUUCGUGGUGGCUCCGGAUGGGAAGAUCAUGUACAUCUCGGAGACCGCCUCGGUGCACCUGGGCCUGUCUCAGGUAGAGCUGACCGGAAACAGCAUUUACGAGUACAUCCACCCCGCCGACCACGACGAGAUGACGGCGGUGCUUACGGCCCACCAGCCCUACCACUCCCACUUCGUGCAGGAGUAUGAGAUCGAGCGGUCCUUUUUCCUACGGAUGAAAUGCGUACUGGCCAAGAGAAACGCGGGGCUGACCUGCGGGGGCUACAAGGUCAUCCACUGCAGCGGCUACCUGAAGAUCCGCCAGUACAGCCUGGACAUGUCCCCUUUCGACGGCUGCUACCAAAACGUCGGUUUGGUCGCCGUGGGCCACUCGUUGCCUCCCAGCGCCGUGACAGAGAUCAAGCUGCACAGCAAUAUGUUCAUGUUCCGGGCUAGCUUGGACAUGAAGCUCAUCUUCCUGGACUCCAGGGUGGCUGAGCUCACCGGGUACGAGCCCCAGGACCUGAUCGAGAAGACCCUUUACCAUCACGUACACGGCUGUGACACCUUCCACCUGCGAUGUGCACAUCACUUAUUGCUGGUGAAGGGCCAGGUGACCACCAAGUACUACCGCUUCCUGGCCAAGCACGGCGGCUGGGUGUGGGUGCAGAGCUAUGCCACCAUCGUGCACAACAGCCGCUCGUCGCGCCCGCACUGCAUCGUCAGCGUCAACUACGUCCUCACGGAUACUGAAUAUAAAGGACUACAGCUCUCCCUGGAUCAGGUCACAGCUACCAAGCCGGCAUUCUCAUACGCAAAUUCAACUCCGACCAUAACGGAUAAUAGAAAGGGAAGCAAAUCUCGCCUCUCGAGCACAAAGUCAAAAUCAAGGACAUCACCGUAUCCACAGUAUUCUGGAUUUCACACCGAGAGAUCUGAAUCUGACCAUGAGAGCCAGUGGGGUGGGAGCCCCCUCACUGACACAGCCUCUCCCCAGUUGUUGGAGCCCGCGGACAGGCCAAGCUCCCAGCAUCACGAUGUCUCCUGUGCCUACAGACAGUACUCGGACCGCAGUGCUCUCUGCUAUGGUUUUGCACUUGACCACUCCAGGCUGGGCGAUGACAGACAUUUCCAUACUCAGGCCUGUGAGGGAGGCAGAUGUGAAGCUGGCAGAUAUUUCCUUGGCACACCACAGCCGGGGAGGGAAGGAUGGUGGGGUUCCCGAUCAGCCUUGCCCCUGACUAAGUCAUCCCCUGAAAGCAGAGAAGCAUAUGAAAACAGUAUGCCCCACAUAACUUCAGUGCACAGGAUUCAUGGGAGAGGACACUGGGAUGAGGACAGUGUUGUUAGCUCGCCUGAUCCUGGUUCUGCCAGUGAAUCUGGUGAUCGAUAUCGCGCUGAACAGUAUCAGAGCAGCCCACAUGAGCCCAGCAAAAUUGAAACUCUAAUAAGAGCAACCCAGCAAAUGAUCAAAGAGGAAGAAAACAGGCUACAGCUACGGAAAACAACCCCUGAUCCACUGCUCUCCAUUAAUGGCACAGGGAAGAAACACACAAUUUGUUUUGCAAACUACCCCCAGCAACAGUUGGCAGGGGAUAUCUGCCGCGUCCCAACAGUUGCCAACACUCCUCCAUGUGAACACGUCCAGCAGCGGGAUGGAAAAAUUAUGAGCCCUCAUGAAAAUGACUAUGACCACAGUCCCACAACACUGUCUAGGAUAAGCAGCCCCAAUUCUGACCGAAUAUCAAAAUCUAGCUUGGUACUAGCUAAAGACUACCUGAAUACAGACAUGUCCCCUCAUCAAACUCCAGGUGAUCAUCCAGCAACUUCUCCAAAUUAUUACAACUCCCACAGGCAAUACUUUGAUAAGCACGCUUACACAUUAACUGGGUAUGCUCUGGAGCAUCUAUAUGACACUGAAACCAUUAGAAACUAUUCACUAGGCUGCAAUGGAUCACACUUUGAUGUGACUUCUCAUUUAAGGAUGCAGCAAGAUCCAACACAAGGACACAAAGGGACAUCCGUUAUAAUAACCAAUGGAAGCUGACACUUUUUUCUAAAAACUUUUGUGCUUUAAAAAGUAAGCUUAGAGAUUUAAUUGGAAGAUAUAAUAUGUUUUCAUGCCCUUGUCAUUACCAGCAUUUGAUAUACCACAGUGCACUAGAGAGACUAAACUAAGGUUUGGGAGUAUGAGUUAGUUAACAAACAUUACUUUCAAAACAUAAAAAUGCACUGGCAUGCAGGGUUAGAGGAAAUGGAGCUAAACUCAAAAGUUGGUGCCAUUUGAGGUAUGAAAGAUGGAAGAGGUCUAGGUAGGGAGCACCUGGGCAGGCUAGCAGAGCCAUUUAUGCUCAUUGUGUAAGAGGGGUUGUUUUGGAAUUGCUGCCUAGGGCAGACCUUCUGAACUGUGUGUCCCACACAUCCCAAAUAACAAAACUGCUAUGCACUAUCAAGAGAAGCUGGAAUGUGUUCCUCUAAAAUACACAUCAAAAUGUGUAUUUCUGGUGAUCUUUUUAUUCCCUAAGGGCCAAGUGUGCUAUGCUGCUCUGUGGUAUAAAGCACCAUUGGCCAGCCAAUACAAAAUCAAAAAGGGGAGAAAGAACUUUUCAGAUUUGUUAUUUUCUUGUGUACUCACAUGCAUAGUUAUUUACAUACACUUGAUGUGAAAGGAGUCAAAUGAGCAGUAUCCUCAUAAUUAGAAUAAUCAAAUACUAUGACUGUACUUAAAAGAAAGAAAGAGGGUCUUUCUCGGAGCAAUUUUGAGAGAUGUUUGUCUUGAUGGAGAGAUGGGAGAUUGCCCUCAUUUUUGAAAGGCUGCAAAAAGGGGAUAGUGGAGUGAAAUGGAAAAAAAAAAUCCUUGGGAGAAACAGAGAGAAUAGACUGGAGAUAGGUGUUGUCAAAGAUACGUACAUUUAACCCUAUGGCUAUGUAUGUUAUUCAGUAAUAAUUGCAGAAUAAGCAAAAGUGCUUAUAAGUGGCAAAAUAUUGAAGAAUUAAAUCAAAACACAAAAGAAACCCAUCAGAAUCAGAAAUUUUUCUGUAAAUUAUGAAAGAAACUGCAUACCUAUAAGAAUUUGUCAGGGACAGAUAAAAACAUCAUGGAGGUUUGUGCUAGUUUUGAACACGCUUUGCAGCAAAUUAAGAAAGCAUAGAAGGUUAUAAGUACUCUGACACAAACAGGAGUAAUUGGUAUGUCUUUGAAAAAAGAAUAUACAUUAUUUUCUUGCUUAAAGAAAAAAAAAAAAAAAAAAGAAGAAGAAGAAGAAGAAAGAAUAUACGAACAUAUUAGUAAUACCAAAAACAGUCACAUAUAAAGAAAAAAUUGCUGGGGAAAUUUAGGGUUCCAAAAAAUUCAAUUGCAUUACAAAUAUUGAUAUUAUCAUGGCCUGUCUGGAGUUAAAGAAGAUAUCAAAAGAGGCAGAAAAAAUUUCUGUGAUUUUUAAUAAACUCAUGGAACAAAGAGUCACCAACUGAUUAGAAAAGAGUCAAUAAAAAACCUAUGCUAAAAAAGUAAAAUAAUUUAUUUGUAGGCAAGAUUAUUAGACCUGUGCUUCUUUUUAUGGUGUUCAUAAGACAUCUCAGAGUUGACUGCACCAGGAACAGGACCAGCACUCCUUAUUAUACCAAAAUGAAGGUAAGAGGACUUGAGGUGGUUACAAAAAUGAGAUUAGCACUAAGUCAAGCUUCAUUUGUAACAUUAAGAAUUUCAACAUAUGGGAUUGAGUCAUCAGUGGAACUAAAUAUAAAGCAGCAUGCCAUGGGUGGGUUAAAAAUAUCUAUUUUCAAAUAAAAUUAAUGAGAAGCAAAAGCUAAAUAAUAACAUUGUAAGCCACGUAAGUAUAGAUGUACUUGAAAGUAGAGGAAAUUAACUCUCUGAAUGUGGAAUAUUGUGUAUAGUUCUGAUCACUCCAAGGCAGAUUGUGAAUCUUGAAUUGAGUAGUACCUUACUCCAUAAGCAAUUUCUGUUGACUGCAGUGUGAUCACUGGUGAAAUGUACGUUGAACACAAGGAAGAGCAACAGUCUGUUCUUUAUUAUCUAAAUCCCAUAAUAGAAAAGGUGGAGCAGAGCUCAGCAAAAAGAUAAAGAGACUGAAAGAUCUAAUAAAAACUUUAAAUAAACUGGGUCUGUCAUCUCUGUAACAGAAAAAAGUAUGGGGGGAUGUCACUGGUGUGUACCAAGCUCUGCACAGAAGAGGGAUAAAUAAUGCUCUAAAACUAUUUGAACUAGUGACAGAAAUGAGAGACAGGGCAUUGAAUGUUAGCCAAAGUGAAAUGAGAACAAAAUGAUUUGGCAAGAAAUGUAUUUGACUAACUGCCAAAUAAAUAACAAAGGUCUAGAGAUUUUUGUUUGUUUGUUUGUUUGAAGAUAAAAGGAAGGCAAAUAGAUGAAGGGGAGAAAAACAUUGACAACCCUUAACUCAGAGGAAGGAAUGGACCAAAAUGGACUUAUUUCAGCCCAACAAUUGUAUAUCUUCCUGAAGCAUAGAAACAACAAAAUAUUUUUUAUAAGUCCAGUUGAGGAUAAAUAUUUAUUUCACUAAUUCAUAAGAAUAAUAUGGAUGAACUUGUAUUUGGAGUCUCAUUGUAAAGUAUUAAAAUACAAUUUGUGAAGCGAAUUAGAGGUACACAUUAUCGUAUUAUCCUUACUAGUACAUAUAAAAAGAAGUCUAAGUGCCAAUAUUAUUUUGUAUUACUGAGGAGUUUCCUAAACUGUUUGGAUGAGUGGGAUUCUGCCAGCACUAAAGUUUUUUAGGGUCAUCAAGCACCCUUCUUAUCAAACUUUUAAUUAGAACGCAAUAGGGUUCUGCAGAUCAGCGUGUCUAAUGGUCUAAUUGCCACAAAUAGUCAGGAGAAGACAGUUUGGGUCUUCUGACAGGCACACUGGAAAAACAGAAGACUUAUAAAGCAGACAGGCACAAUAUAGGAUGUUUCUAUCUGGACAGUUUCAUCUAGGAAAAAGCCAGUGUGCUGUGCAAUAAAAAAAAAUAAAAAUCCCCAUUGUCAUUUACUUUAAGUCCAAAAUAAAAUUUUCAGAACUGUUGUUACUUCUAUUUUCAACAGUACCAUUCUGCUACGGAGACAAAUGCAACAAAAUGCACUGUAAUAAAUAGGAUACCUGAUAUAUCAGUAGAGAGGUAGAAGUGUUUGCUCCUGCAGCUAUGCUCUGCUUCAAGCAUAGGCUGAUGCUCAAUUCCCUACUGGAUUUUCAGCAACUGUUGCUCCUCAGUGCUUCAGUAGAUGCCUUUUGUUAGCUAAUUUGCUAUUCUGCUGCUUUAGAUAGUCAGGAAUUUCUUCUGAACUGACAGAAAGCAUUGAAUGUUGUAAACAUAGACUGUGCGUGCUACAUGCUACAUGUGCAAAUUUGCAACCUUAAUUACAGCAUAUAAUAUCACUGCAGCUCAUAUAACAUUUACUUUUAAAUAUGGUAUAAAGCUUACCUUUUCCCUUGUGUAUUUAUUUAAUUUGAAUUUUAAAUUAGUAUCCUUCAAGGAUAUAGCUUUUUUUCCCCUUCCUUUUCUAAAUCAAAUGAAGUAUUUUGGAAGAUUGAAAAAUGCAAGGUAUUUCUACCAAAUACAUCAAAUGUACCACAUUAGCUAAAGGUUAUUACUUUAAAACAGAUGUAUAGGUUGUGAAUUUGUACAGAAAAAAAUAAAAAUUGAUGUGCUGCAUCAUUUCUCUAACAUAACAGUGCUUUGCUAUUUACAGCAAAUUAAUAUUUUGUAGCUACUCCUAUAGAAGAGAAACUACAGCGCUCUCAAAUCAUUUCUUAUUGACAUCAGUGGAUGGUGCAUUAUGAUUUUGGUGUAUCUCUUUCAAAGUGGGAAAAAAAACCUCCCUAAUUUUUAUACAAAAUUGCACUCCACAAUGCAACAGUGAACAAAUUUGCACAGCAAUUCUUUAGAAAAAAAACCUUACUCAGCAACUGGUCCCAUUGACUGUAAUGGGAAUAUCUGUGGAGUAAGGUACUACUUAAUAUGUGUAUGGGCCAAAAAUAUUGACUUCUUGUGAGCUGGCAAAAGGUUUGGGUUUUUGUUUGUUUGUCAUGCUCAAAAUAUGAGUAUGGAAACCAUGAAAGGUGAUGGCUGUAAUGGCUAUGGUUCUAUGAUAGAGUUUAUUCGUAUGUGCUUUGAAAAUGAGUGCAUCUCUGCAUGGAAGAGGCUCAGAUGUAUUUCUGUAAGAUGCAUAAAGCUUUGCUAAUGUAUCCACAGUGCUGCCAUAGGUUACACACUGAAACUCUGUUCUUUCAAACAUUCUUAAUCACUUUUAUAUGAAUCUUGUUUUUAUUUCUGAACUUGCAGCAUUUAUUCAUUAAUGUUCCUAAAUAUAUUAACUACCAUAUGUUCAA